CAGAGCAGAGUCAUUUCCCUUGUCAUACAUGAGAACAAGUGCAUGGCACAGGUCACAUCCAGGGAGCUGAGAUAGCCAAGCAGAGCAGGAGAGAAGGAGGUAACUUGUGCUGUCUCUGGAUUUGCUGGUAUUAUAGGGCAUUUAUGUGAGAAGAGAUUAAAUAAGAGAUUAAAUGGAAAAUACAUGUUUUCUCAAGUCAAAUAGGCCUGUGGGAGCUGCACAUGAGGCUCUGUCAGACAAUGCACAGCCCAGCAUUACCAACCCCCUUUGAGCCAGGUGCAGGUGUGUCAGUCACAUGCAGGCUCUGCCACAUGUGAUAACUUGGACUGCCUUUCAAAGGAAAAAUGUGGGAUUUUGGGAACAGAAACUUCAUAAAAACCACCUCAGUAAAGUUCUGAACUAGAGUAGCUUGAGCUUUUCUCUCCAAUUUGGUCCUGCUCCUUAUCUCAGUUUUGCUUUUACCUCUUGUCCUGCAUCUUCCUGCACUCUGGAUGUUCAGUUGUGCAUUCUGGUGCAAAACACUCCCACCAUCACACUCAGAGGCUUUUUUGUAACUUCAUCCACCUGGAUGUGGUGGGUUCCAGCAGAAUUGUCACCUCCUACUUUGUCUCGAGUGUGAUGAUCUGACAGUAUCUUCACUCCACAGGCUGCAGCCAAGCUGGAAUAACCCCCUCCAGAACCUGAUCCUCAAAAAAAAGCUCCUGUCCAUCUGGAGGAUGAUAGCCAGCCACAGGUUCAGCAGCCCGUUCCUGAAGCCAGUGUCAGAGAAACAAGCCCCUGGAUACAAGGAUGUGGUAAAGAGACCCAUGGAUUUAAGCAGCAUAAAGAGGAGGCUGGCAAAGGGACACAUUCAGUCCGUGAUGCAGUUCCAGUGUGACCUGAUGCUCAUGUUCCAGAACGCCGUGAUGUACAACAGCUCUGACCACCACGUGUUCCACGUGGCUGUGGAGAUGCAGCGAGAGGUCUUGGAGCAGCUGCAGGUCUUGGCUGAAGCUGUCCUGUUGACCAGGGACAGGCUGGAGUGAGGCAGAAGGUAACCAGCCCUGCUUGAGGCCUCUCUCAGCUGGAGCAGCAUUGUCUCUAUGGGUCAGGCCAUCUCCUGAGCUCAGGGGAUGUGCUGCCAUGGCCUUGGGUAAACCUCAUUAUCCCCAGUGCUGGCUGCUGGCUUGAUGGGUUGAUUCAAAGCCGUUUUUGGGAGGACACCAUGUUGGAAGCCUCCAUUUUUGGGAAAAGCAGCGAUGUAGCCCUGCAGGGAGAAGAGUUCCCUGGGAUGAAAAGCAAGGGAGAAAAUCCUGUGUGUGGCCAGGUGGAGGAAGCAGGCACAGCCCGUGAGGGUGGCUGGCUGCACACCGGCAGCGUUCCCGUGUUGAGACUGUUGUGCUGUUGUGUUGGGUCGGGUGGGUCCAGCGUUACCGGCACUGACCACACCCAAUAAACGCCCGUGUUGAAGCUUGUCCCGGCCUGCCCGACACUGGGAC